AUGUCAGUGGUCGCAGUUGGUUCAGCGGCCGUCGUCACUCUGCCGUUUCUUCUGGCCGCCGCCUUCGUGUUCUCGCCUCUUUUAGGCGUGCUUGCUGCGUACAGCUUUGUCAAGGUAUGGCUGUUAACAGCUGGACCGUUUAUUGGAUACACAUGUCAGUUAAUGACCAUUCUGUCCCGCUCGCCACAGCAGAAGCUCCUACAGGGCCCCAGCAGCAGCGCGGGUAGAAGGCCGUGGCAGCCGUCCCCAGGCGUGCCAGAGAAGCAUCUCCAAGAGCCACAACCUGCCCUCCUGCCACAGCCCGCCAGCACCAGCAUGGACGUGCAACGUAGUUCUCCCUUGGCUGCUGCAAGCGAGCCAGCAGCAGGCGGGGAAAGGGGACCGAGCAGCAGGGCUGGUGGAUUUGGAGAGACCCAGACAAGGGAAAGGACCAACCUGGAUGCUGCUCGCCGAUUUCCUCCUUCUCAAUUUGCCGUCCCGCUUGCUGCCCCUUCUCCAGCUGUCCCCUCUCCAGCUGUCCCCUCUCAAGCUCAACCGGCCGUAUCUGGAGCUGCUCAUUCCCAAGCUGCUGCUCCUCAUGUGACUCCUAUCCCUCCUGCUGGCAUUCGAGCUUUUCCUUCAAGUCCAGAGUCUGUGCAUGUAUCGGGGUUUCCUAAAGCGAGGGCUGUGGCUGGGCUGGGCAGCAUGGAAGGACCGAGGCCGACAGGCUUGACUGGCGUGGCACGUGUUCGUGGAAUUGAAUCAGCAGAGGCAGGGGAGGCAGGAGAGGCCGGCGAGGAAGCAGAGAUAAGAGAGACAGGCGGUGAGGGGGCAGAAGUGCUCAAAGCAAACGAAGAGGAGAUGACAGCAGCAGGAAUGGCAGGGCAGGAAGGCGGGAAACCUGAGGCAGAAGCAGAGGAGAAGCGUGUGGUUAAUGGGCAGGGUGGGGAAGCAUUGGAGGAAGAUGAGUUGUUGGUGGAGAAGGAAGUGCAAGAGGAGGGGGUGCGCGUUGCGAGUGAAAUCAAGAAGCUCGAGAAGUUUAUAACUGGUCGCACGAUCCAAAGCCCUGCAUCCCCCAGGCUGGAGGCUGAGCUGCUGUGCGAUCUUGUGGGGGUGAAAACUCCACCGCCGCUGUCCCCUCAGCCGCAGCUGCCCAGGCAGGCACGCGCGUCGCGGAAGCAGGCUGCGGAAGGGCAGCUGUGGGAAGUGCGCCGUGCCAGCCAGCUGGUAGAAGCAACCAAGGAGCAGCUCGGUGUUGCCUAA